UCUUACAGAUCGCAUGAUAGAUUUCCAGGUGAUCCCAACUUCAUUUGGAAAAACAUCUCAAGAGGAAGCUUUCUUCAGAAUUAUUUCCUCAUUUUUUUUUCACCAGUCAGGUCACUAGAGAAUCAGUGAAACACAGAUUUUAUGGAGACAGAAUGAAUAGCACAGCUUGUCCUCGUAUUAGCUUUGACUUUUCAGGCAGAUUUCUGCCUCCUGUUUACAUCUUAGUGUUCAUCAUUGGUCUGGUGGCUAAUGGAUGGGGACUGAAGACUUUACUGCGAAACUGGACAAAACUCAAGAUUAUCAACGUGUUUGUUUUCAACCUUGGACUUACAGAUGUUUUGUAUCUGCUCACUCUUCCAUUUCUUGUGAUGUACCACUUUAUGAAGAAUACAUGGUUUUUCGGAGACACAUUCUGCAAGAUAACAAGAUUCUGCUUCAACCUGAAUUUAUACGGCAGCAUCGGGUUUCUUACUUGUAUCAGUGUGUACAGGUACUUGGCCAUCGUCCAUCCAGUCAGAGUAAUGGGAAGAUUAACUCUGACCCACUCGGUGGUUAUUUCAGUCCUGGUUUGGCUUUUGGUGGGUGUUCAAAGUCUUCCCGACAUGUUCUUCACCAAAACAUCAACAAACAUGACUAAAUGUUAUGACACCACCUCUGAUGUCUAUGUUGAGGAUUAUCUGAAAUACAGUCUUGGAUGGACAUUGACUGGGUUUUGUAUCCCACUCCUCAUCACACUGGGCUGUUAUGGACAUGUGAUUUUAACUCUCUACCGGACAAAUUCUACUGACAAGGUAAUGAAACAGAGAAGUUUAAAGCUGCUGCUCAUCUUGAUCAUUCUCUUCUCUGUUUGUUACAUCCCCUAUCACAUAUUGAAGAACCUCAACCUCUGGUCUAGAGUUUUACAAAAAAGGAGUACGUGUCGUGGAUGGUUUAACACAGUCUACAUCACUCAUCAGAUAAGUCGUGGCCUGGCGAGUCUGAACAGUGCUCUGAACCCUCUGGUUUACCUUCAUGGAAGUGAAGAUGUUCUUGCUCACCUCAGAAAACUGCUUCGACAAUCUCGUGAGAGGAUCAACCUGAGGUUUUCAUCGACCUCUGGCGCUGCCCAUGUGGCAAAAAUUACAGAUGAAGAUCAACCCAGGACAAAUAUGGUUUAAAACAUCUGAAGAUGUCCAUGAUAUGAUAUAACUUUUUUCUGUUGUCAGCCAUUUGCUAUUACCUGUUGCUAUUACUUGCCAAUAUUUUAUGUUAUGGUGUGAACAUGCACUUGAGCUUUACAGUAUUUUUUCAAAAUGUUGUUAUUAUUACAGUGAAUCUGUGGAUCAUAGACGUCAGUAACUGAAAAUUAAAUAUGUUAAGAUUAUGCACAUUUCACUGUAAGCAUAGUUAUGUUUUCCUGUACGUGUGUCAUUGUGUAUUUAUGUUACAUGUUACCACAUAACUUGGAUUGAUUAUAUAAUAAACUUACAAAAAUGUCUUAACCCAUAAAGACCCAAGCAGCCACUGGCGACCAAAACCAUUUACUGAUCUAAACUGUUUAAUACCUGUUGAUCCA